CGAAACGCGUCCGGGUUUCUCUGCGGUGUGUGAACAAAAAAGGGGGUGAAAAAAAAGAAAAAAAAAGCUGCAGUCUGUGUGAACUGAACCAGGCUGUCAGUGAGAGCACCGAGAGGGAGAAAUGGCCCAACGGUAGUAGCUCUGCUCUGUGUGUCUAGCCUCUGCGAACAGACGCAGUCAGUCAGUCAGUCGGCUCAGCAGGACAGCACACACACUGCGGUGACCUCUCCGCUGAGAGGAGGGAGGGAGGGCGACGGACACGUGGUAACCAUGGGCCACGGUGUCGGCUGAGGAUCUGGAGGGCUUUGCACACACCUAUCCUUCCACCUCUGUGUAUGACAUGGCCACGGCCUCAUCCAGAGCAGAGUGUAGCAAUAACCACGGAAGGACGUCACAGCUACAUGCCAUUGUUUCAUGUGCCAAACUCAAGAGGAAGAAGAACUGGUUUGGGACGGCCAUUUAUGUGGAGGUGACAGCAGAGGGAGAGAGCAAGAAGACAGCCAAGUCCCAUAGCUCCUCCAGUCCCAAGUGGGAGGAGCGCCUCACUCUGAAUGUAACACCACACACACAGUUGGAGUUUAAGGUAUGGAGUCAUCACACUCUAAAGGCAGACGCACUGCUGGGGAAAGCCACUCUGGACCUGCAACAAGCCCUGGAGCAGCACGAUAGGAAACUUGAGAAUGUGAAGGAGGUGCUGAAGCUGACUCUGGAGAAUAAGAACGGAGUGGUGGCCUCUGGGGAGCUCACAGUCAUCUUGGAUGGCCUCACUGUUGACCAGGAGCCUCUGCAUAAUGGUAACGGCACCACUACAACCAAAGUACAGCAGAACGGAGAUGCAAUUCAUGAGAAUGGGGAGGAAAGCACCACGAGGGCCCAGAGCAGCUCGGUGAAUGGCACAAAUGGAGUGGAAAGUGAGGCACCAUCCACCUCCUCUGGCAACAGCGAAGGCAGCUCUGUCCCUGUCAUCAAUGGUGAUGGAGAGUCUACGCCUACACGUCAGAUUACAAGCCCUAAGGCCACGUCCAUCCCGAACCCUGCAGACAGGGACGUAGCCAGUACGACUGUUAAUGGGGAGAAUUCUGCUGCUGCUGCUUCCUCUUCAGUUGAGGAGGUGCUUCCCCCUGGUGGUGGGAGUGAGGAAGGCAGUGAAUCUGCCUCUUCUGUGUCACCACACCAGCCUGCUGCCCCCUCCAACACGCAGCCCACCAGUGCCACUACCGCCGCUGCCUCCUCUUCUUCCUCUUCCACAUCUACACCUUGCCAGGCAGCAGCAGCUGCUGCUGCAUCCUCCAGCUCCACGGCAGAUGCUGCCGUGGGCAACAGCACAGCCACGGAUGGAGCCAAACCUCGCCAGCAAGCCCCUAGCUCUGGCAUUUCAGACCCCUUGCCUCCUGGAUGGGAGCAGAGGAAAGACCCACAUGGCAGAACUUACUAUGUCGAUCACAAUACAAGAACCACAACAUGGGAAAGACCACAGCCUCUGCCACCAGGUUGGGAGAGGCGCGUGGAUGACCGGGGCCGGAUCUACUAUGUGGACCACAACACGCGGACAACCACGUGGCAGAGGCCCACCAUGGAGUCAGUGCGCAACUUCGAGCAGUGGCAGUCCCAGCGCAGCCAGCUACAGGGAGCUAUGCACCAGUUCAACCAGAGAUACCUCUACUCGGCUUCAAUGAUGUCGGCAGAAAAUGACCCCCUGGGUCCGCUACCUCCUGGUUGGGAGCGACGUGUGGAUUCAAACGAUCGGGUGUAUUUUGUCAAUCACAAUACCAAGACCACCCAAUGGGAAGACCCUCGCACACAAGGGCUGCAGAAUGAGGACCCUCUUCCAGAAGGCUGGGAGAUCCGCUACACGCGGGAAGGAGUUCGCUACUUUGUGGAUCACAACACCCGCACCACCACGUUCAGUGACCCGAGGACGGGCAAGUCCUCUGUCACCAAAGGGCCCCAGAUAGCGUAUGAGCGUAGCUUCCGAUGGAAACUAGCUCACUUCCGCUACCUGUGCCAGUCCAACGCACUACCCAGCCAUGUUAAGAUCACAGUCUCUAGGCAGACGUUGUUCGAAGACUCUUUCCAGCAAAUAAUGGCUCUGAAGCCGUAUGAUCUUAGGAGAAGGCUUUACGUCAUUUUUCGAGGGGAGGAGGGCCUGGACUAUGGAGGCCUUGCCAGGGAAUGGUUUUUCCUCCUCUCACAUGAGGUCCUGAACCCCAUGUACUGUCUAUUUGAGUAUGCCGGCAAGAGCAACUACUGUCUUCAGAUAAAUCCCGCCUCCACUAUCAACCCAGACCACCUGUCUUACUUCUGCUUCAUUGGCCGCUUCAUCGCCAUGGCACUCUUCCACGGAAAGUUUAUCGACACAGGCUUCUCCCUGCCCUUCUACAAACGCAUGCUCAACAAGAAGCUCAUCUUGAAAGACUUGGAGUCCAUUGAUCCAGAGUUCUACAAUUCGUUGAUUUGGAUCAGGGACAACAACAUUGAGGAGUGCAGUUUGGAAAUGUAUUUCUCUGUUGACAUGGAGAUCCUGGGCAAAAUCACCUCUCAUGACCUGAAGCCAGACGGUGCUAACAUUCUGGUGACUGAGGAGAACAAAGAGGAAUAUAUCGGGCUGAUGGCAGAAUGGCGGUUUUCAAGAGGUGUUGAGGGACAGACCAAAGCAUUUCUGGAUGGCUUCAAUGAGGUGGUUCCCUUGCAAUGGUUGCAGUAUUUUGAUGAGAAGGAGUUGGAGGUUAUGCUCUGCGGGAUGCAGGAGGUAGAUCUGCAGGACUGGCAGAGGAACACUGUGUAUCGCCACUAUACCAGAAACAGCAAACAGAUUAUGUGGUUUUGGCAGUUUGUGAAGGAGGUGGACAAUGAGGUUCGUCUGCGACUGCUGCAGUUUGUCACAGGCACCUGCAGGCUGCCUCUGGGGGGCUUCGCUGAGCUCAUGGGGAGUAACGGACCUCAGAAAUUUUGUAUCGAGAAGGUCGGCAAGGACACUUGGCUUCCUCGGAGUCACACAUGCUUUAACAGGCUGGACUUGCCCCCCUACAAAAGCUUUGAACAGUUGAAAGAGAAGCUGCUUUUUGCAAUCGAGGAAACCGAAGGAUUCGGCCAAGAGUAGAGAGCAGUUCCUCUCUGGAGUGGUGCCCAGCCAAGUCAGAGAGGGAGGGGGGGGGAAAAAAUUGAAAAAAAAAUACACAAAAAA